AUGGUGAGCCUGUACCGGGGCGCCGGGCUCCCGCCCCGGCCGGACCGCGCCCGCAGCCUGCGGCCGCACAGUAAGUGGGCGGCUUCUUCCUCCGGGCACCAGCAGCGCCACCUGCGGGGCUGGGCGCUGCGCGGGCGGGGCGGGGCGGCCUCCAUUCAGCCCGCCCACGUUGGCUGCAGGCCUUUCAACAGUAGCAAUUCAACAAAUAAUUCAUCCAGGAGAUCUCCAGCUCAGACAAGGAGAUAUGCCACACAUUUGCCUAAAAAAGAGCGCAAGCACUGUAAAUUGAAUUCUGCUGACAAUCAGGUACUUCUAGUGCUUUUCUCCAGUCUCUCCAAAGGAGGGAAGAGACUGGGAAGCUCAACUCUGCUGCAGACAGCUAAGGGUUCAAAGUACUUUAUGCAGGGCACAGUGCACCUGUGGAGUACCAAGCCGCACAGGCACCACAAGAAACUCCAAGAGCUGCUUUUACACAGCCCAGAGGGAGCUGGUUCUAAGUCUCUGUGCAGAAGAGUGGACUUCCAUGUGGAUUUUGAUGGAAUAGGCUGGGGCUCCUGGAUUGUAUACCCACAAAAAUAAAAUGCUUUCCGCUGUGAAGGGGAAUGUCCCAUACCACUGUGAAGGGGAAUGUCCCAUACCACUAACAAUGCCUACGUGCAGAGUUUGCUGAAAUAUUAUCAUCCUGAUCGUGUCCCUGCUUCCUGCUGCAGUCCACUGAGAAUGAGUCCACUUAGCAUGCUCUUAGAAGAGGGACAGGUUACAAUAGGCCACCAUGAGGACAUGAUUGUAGAAGAGUGUGGCUGCUACUGAGGAAACUGCAGAGCUCUGUGCAGGCUUCAGUUCUAGAGGUAGGAGCUGGAGCUCCCUUUGCAUAUUUGCAAAGUUACCAUGAACAAGACAGCCCUAAAAUGCAGCCAUCUUAAAAGUUACACAGCAUUUUUGACAAGGGGAAAAAGGAAAUUCCCUACUCAUACGUGGGAAAGAUGACAAGCUGUGCCAAACCCCAGUACUUCUUUCAGUUACCAAAACUCAAAGCAAAGUAUGUGUGUGUGUGUGUGUAUAUAUAUAUCACCAUAGCUAUUGAAAUCAGGUAGCUGAAAUACAAAUUGCUGUACCAUCUGUGACUAGCUGUCAUGAGUUCAGGAUGAACUACACUGGAAAUGAACUGGUAAAACAAAUGUUUGUCAUGACUGCACAGGCAACUUGAGUGUGUUUUCUUGUGCAGGAAUAUAAUUGCUAAUCCAUCCAGUAAAGCUAUCUCAGGUCUUCAAAUAAAGAUGAGAACAAUGAUGUUUAAUCCUGUUUAUUCUUAGCUCAGAGUCCAGGCUAGCAGUGAAUUUUAGCACCUGGGUGGUAAGUACCUCAUGAUGAGUGACAUAACUUUUGAUCUACAAGAGAGUUCUCAAACUCUUCUAAAGCAUGGACCAUGUUUUAAUAGUCAGAUCAUCUCAGGACACCUCUCCUCCCACUUGUGCUCAUGCUAACUAUCUCAUGCUUAUCAUCCCUGAGCCUGGGGUGCUGGAGCUGAGGGCACAACAGCCCCCUUUUCAAAGUAAUAAUAGCAAUUGAAUGCUUUACAAUUUUGUUCAGUGGCUUUCAGCACCUCCCCUAUAAAAACUGUGCCAGUGCCCCCAUCCCUAUAGCAACCACUGCAAUUGUUUACAAUGGGAAAUAAGAAGAGUUUUUAUAUAUUUCUUUUUAGUGCAAGGUAUUCUCUUUUUUGAAAAAUAAUUUGUCUUCUUCCCCUUCCAUCUCCACUUUUUCUCUCACAUUGCUCAUGCAUUUCUGCUACCUGAUCCCUCCUCUCCGACAGCACGAUUCCCUGUUGCGUCAGCCUGGGGGCCAGUGUCCUGAGUGGUUAGAGCAGCACAGAGGCAGAGCUAUGGGGCAGGCUCAGAAACAUGGGAAAUGCAGUGCCAACCAUGCAGCCACCUUGGCUUCAUACCACUUAGCCAUUCUCAGAAACUUAAGGAUCCAGAAGAUUUUGUUUUACACAGGGAAAAGCAGCUCCUUCGACAUUAGCAAUUCCCCCUCCUCCCAUACUAUUGGGAGCAGAUCUGAUCCCAAACAUGCUGCAAAGAAAGAAAAGGGGCAUCAGCACUAAGGACCCUUCCCUUCCUCUUCUGCAGCUGACAAUGCCCAAGGAGAAAGAAGUGAUUAUUUAUGGAUGCACUUAUUCAUUGCAAGGUACUAUUCCAAGUAACAUGUCUUGGUAGAGCCCCAAACCAAUAGCAACCAUUGCCCCGUACUUUACACUGGCAGUUCUCAACCAGAGAUCAUGAACAGCUAUCACAGGAUUGCAAUCACUCUUUAGUUUUCAUAAAGCUAAAUGGGAGGAUAGUCCCAGGACUGUAAAGUUCAAGAACUUUUAUAAAACACUUUAUUUUCUACCCUCAUUCUACACCGAACUGUUUUGUUCUUCCUGGAGUAUUGUUCAUAUACCAAUUAAAAGGCAUCAAGGCUUAGCUGGUACUUGGACUAGUAGGCACUGUUUUAUAAAUAGGAGACAUCCUUGAAAACCAAUAAAGGAAUCAUUAUUGUACGUAAAGUCAAG